AGGAGCUACCAUUUCCAUGAGAUACUCCUAAAUGCCUGUCCUACAUCCAUCCUUUUCAGGCAUGCAUUUCCUUUCCCACAAACUUUUUGAAAGCCAUCAAAUCAAAUUUCAGUACCCCAAAUUCCCAAUCCAAUGUCAUCAAGGCAUGUUUUGUUGCAUGGUGAUGAGACUCAACAUAGACUGCAAUGGUUGUUGCAGGAAAUUAAGAAAAAUCCUUCUUAAUAUGAAAGAAGUAGAGACGUAUAUGAUUGAGAAGCAGCAAUGCAGGCUAAGCGUAUGUGGGAGAUUUAAACCAUCAGACUUUGCAAUAAAGAUCCAGAAAUGGAUGAACCGAAGAGUUGAGAUACUGGAAAUUCAUGACUUUGGUGUUAGCAGCAAUGGGGAAAUGGAGAGUACUAAAUAGAUAGAAACUUGCAAAUGAUGGGUGCGCAAUAUCUGCUCCUUGUAAACACAAGUUAGGGGACAAUAGGAGGAUGGAUACUGUGAUUAUUAAUGGAUAUGAUGAACUUCAACAAGUGAGUUUUUACUUUUAAAGAAACAUCAUUCCAACUU